GUCGGCUUGAAACAAGUCUGGCAGCUCCAACACCUCCUCUGCUCUCGCUCGUGCCCUCUGGAGUGUGCAGUUUCCAGAGAGCCUGCCUCUCGGAAGAUGCACUAUUACAGAUACUCUAACGCCGAGGUCAGCUGCUGGUACAAGUACCUCCUCUUCAGCUACAACAUCGUCUUCUGGUUGGCUGGAGUUGUCUUCCUUGGAGUCGGACUGUGGGCAUGGAGCGAAAAGGGGGUGCUGUCCGACCUCACCAAAGUGACCCGGCUGCAUGGAAUCGACCCUGUGGUGCUGGUCCUGAUGGUGGGCGUGGUGAUGUUCACGCUGGGGUUCGCUGGCUGCGUGGGGGCCCUGCGGGAGAACAUCUGCCUGCUCAAGUUUUUCUGCGGCACCAUUGUGCUCAUCUUCUUCCUGGAGCUGGCCGUGGCCGUGCUGGCCUUCCUAUUCCAGGACUGGGUGAGGGACCGGUUCCGGGAGUUCUUCGAGAGCAACAUCAGAUCCUACCGGGACGACAUUGACCUGCAGAACCUCAUCGACUCCCUCCAGAAAGCUAACCAGUGCUGCGGUGCAUAUGGCCCUGAAGACUGGGACCUCAACGUCUACUUCAACUGCAGCGGCGCCAGCUAUAGCCGCGAGAAGUGCGGGGUGCCCUUCUCCUGCUGCGUGCCGGACCCCGCGCAAAAAGUUGUGAACACGCAGUGUGGCUAUGAUGUCAGGACCCAGCUGAAGAGCAAGUGGGACGAGUCCAUCUUCACAAAAGGGUGCAUCCAGGCGCUGGAGGGCUGGCUUCCGCGCAAUAUUUACAUCGUGGCCGGCGUCUUCAUCGCCAUCUCCCUGCUACAGAUAUUUGGCAUCUUUCUGGCGAAGACCCUGAUCUCGGACAUUGAGGCAGUGAAGGCAGGCCAUCACUUCUGAGGGCCAGAGGUGAGCGAGCAGAGCUGAGCCACGCUGUGGAGGCCAGAGCCCUUCACUGUUGACAACUCAAUGUCCAGAGGGAGGACGUGGAUGCACCCAGCCGGAGCCGGCGCCCUGUCUUCGGUAUCAGUGUUGUCAUGACCUUCCUGCCUCUGUGUGCUAGUGCUGAAGACCGAGGGGGCUCCCCUCUAACCUGCACAGACUUGUGACCAAACACCCCUCCCCCACCCUGACACAUGGGGUCUACCCAGGGACAGACAACAUGUCUUCAAGCAGGGGUGGUGAUUCUCGGGGACAGAAAGCUCCUGAGGCUGUGAAGAGGGCCCAAGUCGGUUCUCCUGGAGACCAGGUGUGUCUGCAGGGCACCCUGGCCUCCCCACUCAUGUCAUCGGUGCUGGCCUGGAGGGCUGCCAUCUGCUGUGAGUGGGACAUGGGUUGGGGGGACUAGCAGACACGGACAAGGCUUCUCACAGCGGCAGAAGCGUGCCGCCUAAACUGGGGAGGGGGAGGAGCACAAGUGCCCGUGGAGCCUGUGGUGUCUGCACGACUCGGGGACGUUUGCAGGAUCUUCAGCCACGUUCAAGUAAGCCUGAGCCAUGUGUGGACCGGUGCCACGGAGGGCCUCCUCUGCUGCCCUGAGUCUCAACAGCAUUAUGCCCAGAUGGCACGGGGCAUGGGUAGCGUUCUCCUCGGAGAGUCGGCUCUUUUCUUAAAGCAUGUAAAUAGUUUAUUUAUAGGGAUAAGAAUGUUCUCACACCAUUUCUUCAUUUCCUCUGGCAUUCCCUCUAAGCAGCCUUACACGGUGUCUGGGACUGAAGCCAUCCCUUUCAGUUCCUUUGAGUGUCUCAAGAACCAAUGCCAUCAACUUCUCCUUUUCAUCCCUAGUGACCCAGGUGCCCACACACGCUCCCCCUUACUCCGUGCACCCCCCAGCACCCACCACCCACUCCCCUCCCCCGCUUGGCCUCACUUGUCUUCUGGUCUUGGUGCUACUGAAACUGUCAUCCGGAACUUGAAUCCUGAACCCCCCUCCCCACCGUGAGGCCAAGGAGCCCCAGCCAGAGAGAGCCGGCCCGGAACCUUUGACCAGGGCAGCUCUCGCCACGCGGUCAGGGCCGCUGGCCGGCCUGGCAUUUGCCUCCCCCCCGCCCCCGGAGUGAAACUAGCCGGGCUCCUGUGCAGAGCUGCAGACCCCAGCCCGCAGCUGUGCAUAAGCUCGGGAUGGUUUGUUUUUCUUUCCUAACUUUUGUGAUGACCUCCCCUCCCCCCACUGUCCCCAAACAGGAUAUCUGUGGUGACCAAGUCCACCCUUCCUGGCAGGGCUAUCCUGGGGCUUGCUCAUGGAAAUGAAGUCUGUCUGAUGUACUGAACGGUGCCCCCCACCCCCUCCCCAGGGAUAGCUGGGGCGUUUGUGCAUCUCUGGGCUACUUUCUAAUGCUUCUCUGGACCUCGUACCAGUUCUGUCCUCAUCGUUCAGGGAUUGAGUGCUACCUUCACUUACUCGCGAAGUGUACAUGCUAGUGUGGUGUAUCCUGGUGGGUGUUUGUUAAUGAUGCUAUGAUUUUUUUUUUUUUUUUUACAAUUUUCUCUGUAGACUAGAGGAAGACGGAUGCUUGUGUUUUCAGGAAGUGUAAUGCUUUUCUUUGACUGCCAAACUCUUUUAUGGAAUAUAUCUUUGUAUUAA